ACACAACACGUGUGAUUGUGAAAGACUAAAAAGGUGAAUUUCGCGAAAAGAUCUUGCUCUCCUCCCCGUCUUACCACAGCGCCGCCCAGCCCUCUGCCCCGGCCGGCCGAACCACAGCCCACAGGUCCACGGCCCCACCGUCACCGUCACCGUGCCGCGUGCCCACUACGAGAAGCUGAAAGGUAAUAUUAACAAUGGCGUCCAAACGCUGCCACCGCGACACCAGCACCACCACAGAGUUUCUGAAAGGAUGUGGACAGAAGAAGAGGAAAGGCGAAGUCAAACUGUCAUUCCCAGAACUAGAAGAACUCAGCCGCCAACUUCUUGUAGCAUCGUCAAGUGAAAACGAGAACUGCGUCAGAAUCCUAUUAAAUUACACCACCCCAGAAUCCGACGCUGAAUUUGUCGUUCAAUCCAUCCUCUCUCUCCAAACCUUCUUCGCCGUUCGCCUCCUUGAUGGACAUGUGUUCGAUUCCGGCCUCCGUACCAUGUUCGAUGACUUCCUCGCACAUCUUAUCCACAUCGCUUCUUCUCCUCUCUGCAAAUUUCACCUUGUCAGGAUGGCUGUUUUGGAAGCGAUAAUGGUGUUUGUGAAGCUUAACAAAAAAGGACAUUUCUGUUUUACGCUGUACCAAAGCUUAAUUCAGGCUCUUAUUUAUUCUCCCUUGGAAGUUGACUUCUUUCUUGACUCUCUAGUAUCAAACUACUUCAACUACAUUGAUGUACGUUAUUUUACUUUCAUGACUAUGCAGAACAUAUGUAAUACACUUGACAAACGGAUCAGUUCAGGUAACAAUUAUGUGACUCAAGAUGGCCCACAAGCAAGCCUAGAUCACUCGAUAAGCAAGAUCCACUUCAUCCUUUCACAUAUUCCUCCACUAGGUGACUCAGAUACUGAUUUUGAAGUGUGGAGCGAAGGCUUUUUGUCUAAAGAAGGCGAUAAUCAGGUGAAUCCUAAGCGUAAAGAAGGGAAAGAUGGCUCGGAGAAAAAAGAUAAAUCUGCUAAAAAGAGAGUAAAGCUGAAGCUGAAGUUUACCAAGGCAUGGAUGUCAUUCCUUAAAUUACCACUUUCGGUUGAGGUCUACAAGGAGGUGCUCGUCAAAUUGCCUCAGGCUGUCAUUCCUUAUUUGUCCAAGCCGGAGAUGUUAUGUGACUUUUUGACAAGAUCCUAUGAUGUUGGUGGAGUUGUCAGUGUAAUGUCUCUGAGUGGACUCUUUGUUCUCAUGACACAGCAUGGUAUAGAAUAUCCUGACUUCUACCAGAAGCUAUAUGCACUUUUAGUACCAUCUGUAUUUAUGGCAAGACAUCGCGCUAAGUUUCUUGAGCUGUUGGAUGUCUGUUUGAAAUCCCCUCUUCUUCCAGCAUAUAUAGCAGCUGCUUUUGCAAAGAAGUUGAGUCGACUGUCUCUUGUAGUAUCCCCUUCUGGGGCACUGGUUAUCAUAGCACUGGUCCACAAUCUUUUGCGGAGACAUCCAUCAAUUAAUUGUUUAGUUCAUCAGGAAUUCCAUGGAAAAACUUAUAGUCAUUAUGGGAAUGCUGAUGUUGCCUCUGACAUAGCUAGAGGAAAACAAGGAGUUGAUGUUUUCAAGGAUAAAGAAAGUGAUCCUUUAAAAUCAAACGCGAUGAGGAGUUCUCUUUGGGAGAUUGAUAUGCUCCGUCACCAUUAUUGUCCUCCUGUUUCUAGAUUUGUUUUGUCGCUUGAAAAUGACUUGACUGUAAGAGCUAGAACUACAGAAAUGACGGUUUCUGACUUCAGUUCUGGUUCAUAUUCUACGAUAUUCAAGGACGAGAUGAGACGAAGGGUUAAACAAGUUCCUCUGGCGUUCUAUAAGACGACACCAACAUCCUUGUUUUCAGAAUCGGAUUUUCCCGGUUGGACUUUUAAUUGCGAACAGUUGAAAGUUAUGUAAUCUUAUUAUUGUAGUGUGUAAUUUAGUUUAUUUAGAUAAUCUAAUAACAAAAGUUUAAAUAAGGUGUUUUAUUAAGCCUUACAUUUAUUGUUUUUUUUUUAUAUAUAUAAAGGAAAGGUUCACAUA